UUAUGACUAUCUAUACCUUCUAUCUAGCUAAAGAGUGAUAAACAUUGCAAUAUCAACAUAUACAUAUAUAUAAAAGAGAGAAAUCAUAAAAGAUCACAACAUCAAACCAUGAAGCAGUACUCAACGAGAACCCUAAUCAUAACCACCGUGAUGAUAACCUCCAUGUUGGUAGGCUUUGGAGGCUCAGAUCUGGCUCAAGACAGAGACGAGUGUACGAACCAGCUGAUAGCACUCUCACCGUGUCUACCGUACGUGGGAGGAGACGCAAAGGCUCCAACAAAAGAUUGUUGUGGAGGUUUUGGCCAAGUUAUAGUAAAGAGUGUGAAGUGUGUUUGCAUAUUGAUCAAAGACAAAGAUGAUCCUAAUCUUGGUCUCAAGUUUAACGCAACCCUAGCCGCUUAUCUCCCCACCGCUUGUCAUAUAACGGCUCCUAACAUCACCAAGUGUAUUUCGCUUCUGCAUUUAUCCCCAAACUCAACAUUGGCAAGAGAGUUUGAGAGCUUAGGACGGAUUGAAGGAAACGCCAACUCGACAUCUCCUUCACAACAUGUUAAAGAUGGGACAGGAGGAGGAAAAGCUGAAUCAGUGAAGAGUACUGGAGAGAAGAAGAAGAAGAGUUGGUUGGCUGUUGAGCUUUUAAUAUUUGCUCUUUUCUCUCCUCUAUUUAAUGUUCAUUUGCUUUAAAUAAAUCUUAUAAAAUGUUCUCAAUUACAUCUACAUUUUAUAUAUGUACACACGCAUGUGUAUGGAUAUGAUCUAUGCAUGUAAAUGAGUGAAAAAAAUAUAAUAUUUAAUGGGUUUAAAAAAAUAA